CCAAGAACGAGGCGCGCCCAAGCAAUCUAUCCAAUCGCCGGCUGUACCUAUUUGGAUCGGUCACAGUAGACAGGCCUACCUGGCCUGGUAUACAACUGAGCUUGCCCAAUCAUACAUCAAUUAAUCUGAGCCAUGGAGGGAUCUUCAUCCCGAAGAUCUCGCUCGCGAUCUCCGCCUCGACGAGCGCCCAAGGGCGGCGGCGGAUUUCGAUGGAAGGAUAAGAGCCGCUCAAACGACGACGGCCGCGACAGCUACGAUUCAAGGAGAGACAGAUUUCGCGACCGGGAUCAAGGUCGGGACAGAGAUCAAGGUCGAGACGGAGACCAAGAUCGGAAUAGAGACCGGGAUCGGGAUCGAGGCCGAGACAACGGAGGAAGGCAACGACGGGAUUUCCGUGACCGCUCGCGAGACCGUGGUCGUGACAGAUAUGGCGGCCGUGACAGGAAUGAAGGUCGACCAAGAUCGCAGUCUCCUCGACGACGCGAACCGGGGCCAAGAGACGAACGCGACGAGGUGAAAAGAGACACGCGUGAUAGAAAGGACAGGAGAGAAAAAGAAAAGAAGCCUCCCAAGGCUGCUACGGCGGCGGCGGCAGGUCAAGAGUUCAUCAUCGUCCAUGUCAAUGACCGUCUUGGCACCAAAUCGGCCAUCCCAUGCUUGCCAUCAGACACUGUUGGGCAGUUCAAGCUCAUGAUUGCGGCGCGCAUUGGACGAGAAGCGGGACAAAUCAUGCUGAGGCGACAGGGCGAACGGCCAUUCAAGGAUCACAUCACGUUGGAGGACUAUGGUGUUUCGAAUGGAGUGCAGCUGGAUCUCGAGGUCGAUACCGGCGAUUGAAGAGCAUGCUUCUCUUUCUCCUCUCUUCUACCUUGUCUCUCAUUCUUUCCUUUAGGAGCAGCUCCUUUCUCAGCAUUCAUACUCUUGAUCUGGAAUAUCAAAUUGCCCCGUGUGCUUUUAGCAUACUGUGCUGAGUGCAUAAUAAAAGCACCAAGACGUAGCUGUACUCGAUGUGACGUCGUAAGCGGAGGCUAUUUCUCAUCACU